UUUGAAGAGGUCGAGGGCCCCAUUAAAAAAAUAGCAAAGUUUAAUACAUGUAUAUUUAGUGAGGAUUUUCUACAUCUAAACAUAAAAUAUCUUGGUAAAAGAUAGCCAUUGGGUAUCUUUAAAUAAAUGAUAAAAAGUAAAUGUAAUACAAGGUAUCAGUUUCAGGUACGUUACUUUUCAAAAUGAUGAAACUGGGAAUGUCUUUGUUGAUUACUCAGUUUGAAGUUAUGGCAGAAGUGUUUUAACCUUUACCUCUGAGCAGUACCACUUAUUAUUCAAAGGGGUGUUCACUGAAAAUCUGCUGACUGAUAAGCGAACAGGCUGAUAUUGUUCUUGCAUGCCGGACAGGAUUUUCCCGUGCUUUUCCGGUGCUAGAAAAACUAGAUGAUUCACGUGCUAUAAUUUAUGAAUGAAUGCGUAAAUUCAUACGCUACUAUAACAAAAUAGCGCCUUAAAGAAAAACCUUCGUUUUUCUUUAUAUCUUCUACAGCUCGGCAGGAGCCUCGUUACCGCCUAAACAGUUACCCUCGUGCCGAAUAUUCCCAUCUUUACCCGCAACCAGUGAAAGAUUCUUAUAGUUAAAGGUCAGUAAUUCAAAUCCUUCUUUGUUUCAUAUAAAAAACGACAACUUCAGGUCGUCUUUACGUAUCUUUAGAGAACAUCACUUUUUCCUACACCUAUUUUUCAUGGAAGUUCUAUCACAAAUUAACGAAAAAAUGAAAAGAAAAUAGGGGGUUAUGUAGUUCCUAGUGAAAUGCCAGUCAGUUGUGGUCUGCUACCCUAAAAAUGACGUAUAUUUGCUCUCGUCCGCGCAAUAAACACCUACUUCCGGUUUCGAUCUGCAAAACUUGCCAUGUGGGGUGUAUGAACAUGAAAACCGUCUCAUUUCAUGCAGAAUGUAUUCUAGUAGUGAAAAAUGGUGAUUAAAGCACUCGUUCUACACGAAUUUGCGCAAAAAAUGGGAAAAUUAGGAUCUAUUUAUUAUGGACUUCUUUUCGACCGAAUUACUGACCUUAUUCCUAUAGUCUGCACUGGCCUCAAUGGCAGAGCAUGCUUAAGGUUAACAAUCAUCGUAUAUAUACGUGUGAAUAUAAUUCCAACUAGACCCUUUUAUAUUUCAGAUAGUUCUAUCUUUAAUCAUUACGAUAUUUUGAAACUUUGUUACGACCCACUAUCUGUUUUGAAUAAAUAAUUCACACAUACGAUAUUAGAAAAUCACUGAACCACAGAUUUGCACGUGCAACAUUAGUUAUUGUGCACACAGUCUCAGUGUCAAUUGUUUGUUUCAUCAAAAAACGUUUAACUUGUACUGUGUUGAUUUGUAAGGCAGAUGAAAUAUUUUAAUUUUCGCUCAUGUUCUUUGGGACAGUUCUUGUUUUUUCCACAAAUCUAUUUCACAUGUUUUGUUUAGUUAAUAAAAAAGGGUCGUUGGAAUAUCCACACGUGUAUAACAAUAAAAAGAGAUCAAUCAGGGAUUGGAUUUUCUUCUGCAAUUUAGAGUGUGAAAUAUGCAGGCUACCAUUGUAAAUUUGAACAAAUGAUCCGCUUAACUAAUGCACUUACAGACCAGCUACAUAUUUCACAUACGCACAUAUCUAGUAAAAUGAUAUAUGUUUAUAAAAUGUUUUCAAGAAAGAAUAAGGUUUUCAUUCACUGUUUUUGUUGUUGUUGUUUUGUUUGUUUGUUUGUUUGUUUUUGUUUGUGUUUUUUUUUUUGCUUCAACUUCACACAAUAAAAAAAAUACGGGGGAGGAUAUACACCUCCUAUGCGUUUUCUGAAAAAUGCCCCCGCUACACGCCUGAAGAUGUUCAAUGUAUGAGGGCUAUAUAUAGAAUUAAUUUCGAAUCAUUUACAAUAUUUAAGCGAAAAUCAAGAGUAAGGACGUAUUAUACUUCCGCGAAAUAUGAUCUGUAUCCGCAACAGAUUUUUCGUGACAUACAGUUAAACCUCCGAAGCUGGUAAUCUUUAAGAUUACUUAGAACUUAUAUAAGAAUAAUUUCAAGGAGUUUUGUUAAUUUUACAGAAUUUUUCAAGGAAAUAUUUGAUGUUAUUCUUUAACAACCCGUCAAGAAAUAAUUUUUAAACAUUUUCGUGUCCAAAUGGCUAAAAUUUAUAAUGAAAACCCGUUUUAGACGAUAAAUUCAAAACUUGGAACUACCCUCCGAGUUAUUUAAGUGAUGUAGAUCAUAAAUGUCACGCUUUGUUACAGAAAAGCUGGAUGAGACAGUAGUUUCACAAUUCAAUUGUUACAUUCACACUUCCGUUGUACUGGUUUAUUACAAGUGGUGUUGUGUUUUUGUAGUCAUGCUAAGAGGAUACGGACUGUAUAUUCUGAGAUUACGACUAAGGUCUAUGAAGUUGGGGAUUCUGUGCCUAGUUACUACAGCUUCAGUUUUAACUCUAACAGUAUGGAUUAGAAAAGAUGUGCGGACAAACGGUCGAAGCAUGAAACACUCUGUUGGAUGGUCCAACUUUACGGGUGUCAUUUUAUUGACAUAUAUGAGAAGUGGCUCGUCUUUAACUGGAGACAUUCUGCAGCAGAACAGCAAUGUAUUCUAUGUGUUUGAACCUCUCAGAAUACUUCGAGAUCUCAUCAAACACAAGAAACAGAUACAAUGGCUGAACGGAACUGUCAGCGCUAUAGCAACGCUGAAUACUACAGAUGUAAAGCGACAAGCUCUUAUUGGAUGGUUAACCUGCAAUUUCUCACUGGUAUACGCACAAUCGUUUGAAGAUUCAAAUUUUCUCUAUUUCGGAAAGCAGACUGCGUCCUAUAAUGAAUGUAUCUAUAAGAACUACAACAUUACAAUAACAGAUCACAGUCAAAAUGUAACCAGAAUUUAUGUACGAACUCCCGCCUUUCGUCGAGGUUUGGAGGAUAAGUGUUUGAAGAGACUUCAAAACGCAUGCCUAUCCUCCAAAGUCCGAAUUAUCAAAACAAUUCGCACAUCGAUGCUAACUGCAGAGGCGAUUUUAACAGAGUUAAAGGAGUGUAAAGUGAUUCAUGUGAUAAGGGAUCCUAGAGCUACGGUGUUAUCUCAAAUACGUAACGAUGGUUGUAAUGAAAAAAGAAAUUCUACGCUAGACUGUGCUAAGCGACAUUGUGAAAAUGUUUGGAAUGACACUCUUGUCAAAGAAAAAAUGUUAAAACGAUUCCCUUACCGUAUUUUAACCAUAUUGUAUGAGAAUGUUGUCUCUAAACCUAGUUUAAUGGCAGAAUUAAUGUAUAAAUUUGUUGGAAUGCAAUUUUCUGAAGUUAUUAGUAAAUACGUUAAUAGAAUAGUAUUAGAAGGUAAUGUGACUGGGUGCAACGUAUGUGAACGAUCGUGGCAGGUUGGGAAGCAUUCUAACACGUCUACAUACCGUAAAUUGUUGUUGGAAAGAAUGAAACGGAUUGACAUAUUAUAUAUAAACAGUGUUUGUAAAGAAGUAUUGAAUCAUUAUAAAUACAAAUUUGACAUAAGAUAGUCAAAGAAUGUAGUUCAUUAAAAAGAAAUGAUGAAAUAUAUUGAAUAUAUUCUUGAAAUACCAGUUGCCUUAUAUAUUCACCAUAUUCUUGAACUCUAUGUUGUUAUUAUACUGGUCCUUUGGAACAUGGAUACAGUUUAUCAUUUCUGUUUAAUUGAAUUUAGCUUUUGAAAUCCGGUGUAGGGGGGCGAAGGCUAUUGCUUAUAUCAUUGAUUCUAAUGAACAGACUCAUAUAGUUUGGUUGACCUGUAUUUUUGGCGGGAUAUAACUGAAAUUCACAGAGACACCACAUCUUCUAAAAUAUUGGACAAAUGUUUAAGUAUCUAAUAUAGUUGUGAAAUGACAUGUAUAAGUACACGCAUUAACCAUUUACACUAUAUUUGAAGCUAAUAAGUUUAAAAGAAAUAAUUACAUGAUUGUCAUUUGUUUUCACUACAAAAAAUAUAUACAGGAACUGA